GGAGGGCAUGGUAUGCACGAGGUGUGGAAUUGGCUCUAGCUCGGACGCGAGUACAGCGGGCGGAAGAGGCAUGCUCGACCAUCCAAAGGAUGGUAGGUGAAGAGGAGGGGGACGUGUAUCUCCAGUGCUAUCGCCCUUCGACCACAGCAGCUUGUAUCUCAGGCUCGUAGUCUGUAGCCAACCUAUCUGUUCAGCGACGAUGUCGGCGACACCUCUGUUCAGGGACCGGACGGUGCGGUCAGUAACCUCAGCCGCACUGGCCGCCUUCGCAGCGCACUUCUUGACCGGAAUGAUCCCGCAUACUAUGCACACCUACAACCUCUUGCAGAGCUCGGUGGCUAUGCUGGCGCUGGCGUCGCUGUCCAUCCUUGUCGUGAUGCACCACCGCAGGAACGGGCAGUUCCUCUCGCAAACGCAGGAGGAGGUUAUCCUCAUCGCCGCAUUCGGGUUCUUCUGGCUAGCUGUUCUCGUGGCGUGGAGAGCGUUCACCGCACAGCCAGGACACGGGGAACUCGCGCCGGUGCCCAGUACGACUCAGUCUAGGAGAGCAAGCGCCGUGUCCGGAAGAAGGGAACCAGGGUUCACCAGUACGCGGAGCUAUGGCUGUAGGGACGAUUCCUGGUAUUGCGUAGUCGAAGAGUAUUCGUGGUAUUGAAGACGAGCCCUCUGUUUUGCCGGCGAUUGAGGGCCAUGUCGUAUUUAUGGUCUUCUAGGGGCCAUCUGGUCGUUGAGUCUUGUACACUUUACACACGUUUGUAGGAACAUACCCUUUCUGAGCCCUGGUAGUGACGAGAAGCCCGUGCAAGGAUCGCCGCUGAAAGACAUCGGC